UUUAUAUUAAGCAGUGGGAACGAAGGCUUGGGUGUGAGUGGAGCCUGUGCGUCGAUGAAGCCGAUAUUGUCGCGAUAAAUAAGUUUUCCGGAAAGUACGAGAAUUGAAUUCUGGCCCUGUUGAGAAAAUCGACAACGGUCAUUAUGCUAAAACAGCACAUCCUAGUUUUAACAUUGUCGUUGCUACACCGUCACGCGAGCGGUGAAGUUUUCACGGCGCUGGUCGACAUGGAACACCUACUCGACACGGAGUCGGUCCUUAUAAGCACCUUGGAAAACUACAUAAGGGCCGAAGAACAAAAACUCGACCUGCUGAAGAGAUACGCCGACGUUUACCAGAAACAACACGACAGGGCGACGCAAGACGUCCAGUCCUACUUGGCCAACCCGAUCAACGCCUACACCCUGGUAAAGAGACUUACCACCGACUGGUCGCAGGUGGAAGCCUUGAUAGCGACCAACGUGAACGCGGAUGCGCUCGCGAACAUUAGCUACUUCAGGGAUACCAUGGAGUUUCCGACAGAUGAGGACUUGAACGGGGCCGCGGUGGCCCUGACAAGGCUGCAGGACACUUACAGACUCGAGACCUCGUCACUCGCCAGAGGAGAACUCAACGGGGUGAAAUACAGCGCGGAAAUGUCUGCCGCCGAUUGCUUCGAGCUGGGCAGGCAAAUUUACAACAACGGCGACUAUUACCACACGAUGCUGUGGAUGGAGGAGGCAGAGGCACGACUCGGGAGCGAGGCAAACGAAACGGUAGACCAGAGUGACAUAUUGGAGUACCUGGCGUUUUCAACUUACAAACAAGGCGACAUCCCUCUCGCCCUCGACUUGACCAACAAGCUCCUGGAGCUGGUCCCGUCGCAUCCGAGAGCGUUGGGCAACAAGGUUUACUACGAGGACGAGCUGACGAGAGCGACCUCUAGUCCGAGCGCGAUGAAAAAGGGAGACGACGGUUCGCAGGACGUUGAAACGCAAGGGGUAAAAUUAUCGAAAGAAACGACGGAGCCGGACCCGUUCGGCAAGGACCUCUACGAGGCCCUUUGUAGAGGGGAAGUGGCAGCGCCGCCGGAGGAACGAGCGAAACUCGUGUGCAGGUACGUGACCAGGGGAGAGCCGCACUUGUCGGUGGCGCCCUUUAAGGUGGAGGAAGCUCACCGCGACCCGGACAUUUUUAUAUUUCACGACGUCAUGUCCGACGACGAGAUGCUGACCAUCAAAAGUCUCGCUCAACCGAGGUUUCGCAGGGCGACGGUUCAAAAUUCGGUGACGGGGGAGCUGGAGGUUGCCCAGUAUCGCAUCAGCAAAUCGGCAUGGUUGAAGGAGUACGAGCACAAGCACGUGGCCGACGUCACGAGGCGGAUCGUCGAUAUGACUGGGCUGACCGUCGACACCGCCGAAGAGCUGCAAGUGGUCAACUACGGGAUCGGCGGCCAUUAUGAGCCACACUUCGAUUUUGCGCGGAAAGACGAGACCAACGCCUUCAAGAAUCUCGGCACCGGGAACAGAAUCGCUACUGUCUUAUUUUACAUGAGCGACGUACCACAAGGGGGGGCGACAGUGUUUCCAGUGAUUAAGGCUGCGCUGUGGCCCAAAAAGGGGUCUGCAGCGUUCUGGUAUAAUUUGUUCCCCAGCGGGGACGGGGACAAAAGGACUCGACACGCCGCCUGUCCAGUACUGGCCGGUUCGAAAUGGGUGUCGAACAAGUGGAUCCACGAAAGAGGGCAGGAGUUUUUGAGGCCGUGUACCCUAGAGAAACCCCCGGCGGAAUGGACCGCGUAGAUAGGGGUCCGGAAACGAAGCGAAUCUGCCAAAAGACCGCGCGGUCAUUUUUCCUAGCAAAAAAAAAUUAUAUGCCAGUCAUUUUAGGUUUAAGUCAUAGUGGUGUUCGCGAUCGAGAGGCGCACCGUUAAUUUUUAUAUUAGGGUUUGUACAACUGCGGUUUUUGUAUGUACAUAGGCGUAACUUAUUUAAUAAAAAUUUGUAGAAAAAAAUAA